AUGGACCAUAACUGUAAUAACACGGCCCCUCCUGUUACAACAAACGAGUUCUCGUAUUGGCAUCGCUGCCUACUACUUCGUCAUCAUCCUCUCCAAGAGAGCAGGAGCAAUCGUGGUGCUAGUCGUAGUAGUAGUAAUAGUAGUAGUACCAAGAAGAAGAAUAACAACAACAACUGUAGGAAAAGUGCAGUAGUCGCGUGCUACAGAUUCACUCCAAUGUAUACUGAUCAUUUCACACCAGCAGCAGUCCGACACAGACGCGCCUCCUCGGCCAAAGCCGCCAGAAGACUUAACAAAUGUACCACCAGCAACAUAACAAAUCUUACCGACAACAAAGGCAGUAGCAGCAUUGUGAUCUCUGACGUCCCCUUAGCUACACAUACCAGCAAGUACCCGAGUUGCCGAGCUGAUGGUACCAGUAGUAUAACUUCUACAGGGACUUCGCCUUUCUUGAAAAUGAUGAAGCCUUUUCUUGUCAACUUAACACUUUGGACUAUAUUGAGUAGCCUGAUGAUGAUAGGGUCCACCCUAGCUCAGGUAAUAACAAAUGAUAAUAAUUAUGACAAGAACAGUAUAGAAGGGGACCCUUACAAAAAGGUAAUAACCCUAAAACGGUCGAUCGCUGUAGAUUACGGACGAACUGUAUACAUUGACCCUUACACGGAUCUUCGGCUACACGUGGAGCCGAACGACCGGUGUGUGGUGACUGUUCUGGAGACUGAUGUUCUAUCACAGCGACUCGGUAAACUUACGCCGGUCCACUUCCCGUGCAUGUUCGGACUGAAAGACGUUCACUACACACACUUCGGUGGGCACAGCCCUCAGGACGAUUACAUCCGAAUGCAAAUUCGCUACGAUACACAAACUCAAACAAUAGUUAUUCCUUUCAUUCUACACAUACAUGUAUCGUUUAAGCAACUGGAUAUUAUCACACAAAACACGCCUAUUUCAGUACGUAACCUUCUAGACCUUAGCCAACCUCUUAGUUCGGAUAAUACGCAUUUUUCCUAUGACCCUUCGCAUCAGGUGUGCAAAGUGACCAUCUUAAGCCCGGCUAGUGGCUUACCCCGCUACGGCCGUAUUGUCAACGACACCACAGCCCUUUCCAUGAUCGACUGUGAGGAUUUUUUACAAAUGGGAGUACGAUACCAGCAUAUGGCUAGAUCCAAGUCACCUCGCAAGGACUAUAUACCAUUACUGGCAGAAUUAAUGGACCACAAUGGUACCUUAAUCAAACAAGAAUACUUUCAAAAAAUGGUAAGGAUACGAUCAGGGAGAAAAAAUACGGUACCAAAAAUAAACCCCGAUUCAUCACUUGUCAUGGACGUUGAUCAGUUUGUGAUGACAGCGAUUACACUGGACAUUCUCUCUGCUUAUGACUCGGAAACCCCCGAUGACCAGUUGAUAUUUAAUAUCACUGACUCUUUGGCAAAUGAAGAUGGGUUUAUUGUAUCAACAGACGACCUCGAAUUACCAAUCCACUCUUUUCAUCAAGGCGAUGUUAAAGAUUUGAAGAUUGCUUAUAAACCGCCAAGCCAUGAUUCUCUGAAAAAGCGGCGAAUCUUUAAAAUUGAGUUGGAAAUUGUAGAUUCAGACGAAGGGAAAUCGAAGCCAAUUAAUCUAACCGUAGUUGUUCGAGAAAUGAACAUUCUCGCCCCUAUAGUCAUCACAAACACUGGCAUCCAACUUUUCGAGGGUCAGUCACGUUUGCUGUCGCGCGACACAAAUUUGAAGAUAUCUGAUGAUGAUAAUAUUCAAGAUGUAACUCUAAGCGUUAUUCGUGGAUCAAGUCAUGGAAAAGUCCUCAUUGAUGGACUUCCUAAGAAGUUCUUCACGCCCAAAGACAUGGAUGAAGGUCGGGUCGUUUAUUACCAUGAUGGCUCAGACACAUUCAGCGAUAAUAUCAUAUUCAGAAUAACGGACGGUUCUCAUAAAGUUGAAUUUCUUUUCCCUGUAACCAUUUACCCGCAGGAUGACGAACCCCCGGUUCUUACUGUUAAUACCGGUUUGGAAAUCCGUAAGAAUGAACUGGCGGAUAUAACUCCGUUUGUAUUGAGUGCUUCGGAUGUUGACAGUGAAGACGCUGCGAUUAGAUUCAUUACUGAACCACCUUUUUCUAAUGAAGGCCACUUGUUAUUUCGACAGUAUCAAGUUCCAGAGAACGAUGAUUUUAACAACUGGAAAUAUAUUGAUGGAGCUUACGAACGUGUCAUCAGGGAAUUUACUCAACAGGACAUUGUCAACGGUAAGGUUUUUUACCGACAUGUCGGCCCUCAUCGCUCGGAUUUCGUACUGGACAAGAUUAAGUUUAAGUUGGUGGAUAACGGAGAUCCACCGAACGAAUCGGAUUUCCAUGAGUUUGUCUUUAAAAUAUUUCCUGUCGAUGACCGUCCACCAUAUCAGGAUACGCGUUGUACUUUACUUAUGAAUGCUGACGAAAAAAAAAUGACAGUACUAAAAAAGAAGUUUCUUCGUUAUACGGACGAUGAUUCGGACGAUCGUCGUAUUAUUUAUACUAUCACUGUACCAGUGCACGAUACAAAUCGAAAUACUCCAAUCGGAGCUGGAAAAAUCGUUCUUUGCGAUGAUGAAAGCGCUGAAGUAACUGCUUUUUCACAAAGCCAAAUCAACCACCAUAAAAUCUGUUACAAACCUCCAAAAGAAGAUUUGGGUCUUGUAGCAAGGAUUCUGCAAUUUACCUUUGACGCUGAAGAUAUCGCAGGAAAUAUCCUCACUGAUCAGAUAUUUACUAUUCGAUUAAAACCUGUCAACGAUAAACCACCACGUGUGAUCAAUACAGGAUUCUCGGUCCCUGAGAAUGGACAAACUAUAUUAUCGACGGACUUGUUAAAUGCCGAAGAUCAGGACAGUCAAGAUAAGGACAUAUAUUUUUUCGUGGACGUGGCACCUAAGCACGGAGUUCUUAUGAGAAAUCAUGAGACAAUUUUGGCUACUCAACAAUUCUCCAAAGAGGACAUCAUUAAAGGAACUGUUGUAUACAAAAACGACGGGGAAGAGAAUGAUUCAGAUCGAUUCUCUCUCACUGUAACUGAUGGAGUGCAUAUGAUCCCGGCUAAUGUGAAAAUAUCAAUUUUUAAUAUUGAUGAUCAAGUUCCGAGGAUGAUGAAGAUAGGGGGGCGUCAAGAAAUACUUUACACUUUGAUUAAAGUGAACGAAAUGGGGACGGUUGCGAUAACGACCGAGAAUCUGAAAUCAUCGGACGAUGACAACGAAGACAAAAAGCUUACUUUUAUUAUAACUAAGCACCCACUGGAAGGAGUCAUUCUUACCGAAAAAUUUACUCAGCAGGACAUUAUAGAUCAGAAAGUCAAAUAUCAACAUACUUCAGGUGAAAUCGGAACCGAUCUUCAAAGGGACAACUUCGAACUAAUGUUGACGGACUAUUCAGACCACUUAAUUGUUGACGGAAACAAAGUCGAGCAAAUACGGGUCGGGGUUGAUAUUUUACCGGUGGAUAAUAAAUCUCCAAUUGUCACAUUGGGCAACACAUACACUGUUCCAGAAAGUAAGAAAAAUGUGAUUCUUACUUCACACUUGGAUGUUCACGACGAAGACACAAAAGAGGAAGAUGUCAUUUGCACGGUUGUUGUUAAGCCCAAAUAUGGCUACCUGGAGAAUAUCUCACCUGCACCUGGUUCUGAAAAAUCUCGAGUUGGAAUACCUAUUACAGCUUUCAGUGUACACCAGUUGCGUUUACGUAAUAUAAACUAUGUGCAAAGCGUGCAUGAAGGAGUUGAAGAGCGUAGCGACAGUUUUACUUUCACUUGUUCUGAUGGCGUCAGUUUUUCUCCGAAGUUCGUUUUCCCGAUAGCCAUUUUGCCAGAAAAUGAUGAGACACCGCAAGUCUUUUUACGGAAAUUUGUAGUGCCCGAAGGCAUGUUGUUAACUAUUGACUUACCGAUUCUGAACGCAAUGGACAAAGACGAACCUUCAGACUCGCUGGUGUUUCUUAUCGUCGAACAACCGAAGCAUGGCACUCUCGGAAAGCAAACGUUGGCUGGGACGAUAAGCAUCACAAAUUUUACCUUGGCUGAUAUUACAAAAGACUCAACUAUACUAUAUGAACACGACAAUUCAGAGACAAAGACUGAUUCGAUUAAAUUCAUUUUAACGGAUGGUGUACACAACGUGUCAAAAACAUUACAGAUUGAAAUUUUGCCUGUUGACGACGAAACCCCAAGACUGAGUAUAAACAAUGGGUUAGAGAUUGAGAACCUAGGUGAAACCAAGAUAAUUACCAAUAAGGACCUCAAAGCCAAAGAUCUUGACUCAGAUGAUGAAACAAUUCUUUACUUCGUCCGGCUUGAGCCCAGACAUGGCUACCUGCAAAGAAUCCAGAACGGACAUACACGAAACUUGACGGUGGGUUCAAAUUUCACUCAGUACGAUAUUGACCAGAAACGAAUCCAAUAUACUCACACCGGACACGAGGGUGUCCGUGACGUAGUGAAAUUCGAUGUGACAGAUAGUGUGAAUCCUUUGAUCGACCGAUAUUUUUAUAUCAAUGUCCAGGGCAAGGAUGAAGUAUAUCCAGAUGUAAUUAAUAGAGGAAUUGAAUUGCCUGAAAACGAUGUUAUCACGGCUCAGUAUUUAAUUUUUCUUUUACUAUCUCUGUUCCUCUCUCUCUCUCUCUCUCUCUCUCUCUGCUUAAUCUGUAGUUUUCUAUCAAUUACCAAAACUUCUUCUUUUUCUUCUUCUUCUUCUUCUUCUUCUUCUUCUUCUUCUUCUUCUUCUUCUUCUUCUUCUUCUUCUUCAUAUUUUUUUUAUCUUUAUCUUAUUAUUGAUCUGCCUAUUAUCUCUUAUUUGAUUACUCUACCGUCUAUUAAUUUAUAUCGUUUUAUUCAUGCCCUCUCUCUCUCUCUUUCUCUCUCUUUCUCUCUCUCUCUCUCUCUGUCUUUCAUAAAUUGA